AUGAUUCAGGGCGGGAGAGGGCAGCGGGCUGGCCCUCUUCGGAACCGUCCGGAGGUAGAGCCUCAUGGGGUAAGCUGUGGGGCAAGCGGCGCUGCCCCCCGAGAUGGCACCGUAAGCCGGAACUCGAUUCCCCUCAGAAGAGAGAGAAGGAGCUUAAGCUUGGAUGCGAUACGCACCCGUCCCGCUGAACCUCCGAGAAUACGAGAUGGGAGAGUGCGCUGGAGUGAAGAGGACGAUAUCCUCCUAAUGCGCACCCAUUUCAUCGCACAAGAACUGCAGCGAACAACUGGUCGGAGAUACCGAGAAAUCUUAACCUCCACCUGGAACGAAAUCUAUCCAGAAAGGACUUCUUACCCUAACCUUCUCUCAAACAGAGUAAAGCGGAUGCUCGAAAUUGGGAAAUUCUCAAGCGUGGAACUAGACAACAUCCAGCGAAGCAUAACACCUUAUGCUCCAGUGACAAUGAAUGAAAGCCUCAGCACCGAAGAUAUACCAUCCGUACCGCGUACCGAGCACAACAGAAGCAAUGAAUAUGAGACAAGCCCCAAUCGAAGCAAGAUAGGAAAAAACCUCGAGAAGAAUGCUCAAAAGUACUUAGGGGUCUCCCCUCAACAAUGGCCGAGAAUACCGAGACUCAAAGGCUCACGCAAAGUCCUCGAGUGCGUUCAGAAGGUGAACGAACUAAUGAAAGCCCACCUCAAAAACCAGCCGAAACUGGAGGAAAUAUUGACCUGGGUCUAUGCCGGUGCGAUAACGGUCUGUGAGGAAAAUGGAAUUCAACUCAAGCAAAGAGAAAUAACACCGAGAAGAGAGAACACACCACCCUGGAAGAAUCGCCUAGAAACAAAAAUAGCACAUAUAAGAAAAAAUAUUGGCAUGAUAUAUACUUACCUUCAGACUAGUUCACCAACCAGGAAACUUCUUAAAUCCAUUCGAAGCAUUACAUCGCAGUUACACAUUCAAAAUCAGCACGAAGAUUUCAAGCACAAACUGGAGAUGACAUGUGACAAACUGAAACAAAAAGCAAAAUCAUUAGGUAAUCGCUUACAACGCUACAACGAAAGAGUCAAAAGAUACAAAAACAAUCAACUAUAUUAUAAAAACCCAAAAGAAUUCUUCAGAUCGCUCGAAAACAGUAUAGUAGCGGAAGAAGAUCCACCAUCUCCUGAAAACAUGCAUAGGACCUGGAAGGAAAUCUGGGAAUCUGAGGAAGAGCAUGAUGAAACCGCUUUUUGGAUCCGAGAUGCUGAACGAGAAGCGGAAAAAUACACCAUGGAGGAAGUGAGAAUCACAGAGCAGGACGUGAAAGCAAUUCUGAAGAAGUCGAACAACUGGUCUGCCCCAGGACCCGACGGAGUACACAACUACUGGUGGAAGUACUUCGACUGUACCCACAAAAUCCUAGCGGAAACAUUCCAGAGAGCGCUCUUAAACCCAUCCAACUUACCGGAGUUCCUCACUUCUGGCAUAACUCACAUGCUACCGAAAGGAAAGGGCAGCGGUGAUCCGAAAAACUUCCGGCCAAUAACAUGCCUGUCAACCUUAUAUAAAAUACUUACCGGUGUAAUAACACUCAACAUCUCGAGGCACAUAGGAGAGAAUAAUAUAUUGGCCAGGGAGCAGAAUGGAUGCCGCAAGGACACAAGAGGUUGUAAAGAGCUACUCAUCAUGGACUCACUAAUCACGAAACAGGCAAAAAAGAAGCAGAGGAAUAUAUCCGUAGCAUGGGUUGACUACAAAAAAGCUUUCGACUCAAUACCGCACUCCUGGCUACUGAAGACCCUGCAGCUGUACGGAGUAUCGAAGGCCGUAAUCAACUUACUCAAAUGCCUCAUGAGUUCAUGGCGCACGAGACUACAUGUGAACAUCAGAGACCACACUUAUACAACACCAGAAGUGAAUAUUAAGAGAGGGCUUUUUCAGGGAGAUAAACUCAGUACCCUGUGGUUCUGCCUAGCGAUCAAUUUCCUUAGUACACUCCUAAACAAAAACAAAUAUGGAUACAUAAUAGAAAAAAGACAUAACACAAAGAUAAACCAUCAGCUCUACAUUGAUGACCUCAAACUAUACGCCGGUAGUGAAGACCAACACAAGAGGCAGCUCAAGGUAGUGGCAUCUUUCACAGAGACAAUCAGGAUGCAGAUGGGACUUGACAAGUGUGCUGUGGUGAACGUGAAAAGGGGGAGAAUCACAGAAGGGGAAGGAAUGUUGGUAAAAGAUGACAUAGAACUCCAAAGGCUCGGCCCAGAAGGAAGAUAUAAAUAUCUUGGCAUAAAACAAGGUCUAGAAAUAAAUUCUGCAGAAACCAAAACCACAUUCAGAACAACAUUCAUAAGCAAAAUAAACAAAAUAUUACAAAGCAAACUGAAUGCCAAAGCAAUGGUUACAUCAAUGAACACCUGGGCGAUGCCUUACCUUUCAUAUUCAUUCGGAGUAGUCAAAUGGUUCACCUCAGACCUGAAAGCCAUUGACAUACAGGUAAGAAAGCUCAUGACGAGGCAUGGAAUACACCACCCUCAUGCCUCAGUCAACAGAAUUUAUAUACCUAGGAAGGAUGGAGGAAGAGGCUUGCAGAGCGUCGAAGCAGUGCACCACAGAGCUGUCAUGGAAAUGAGAAAAUAUUUUAUCGAGAAAAACUCACCAUUCUUCAGGGCACUAUGUGAAGCAGACGAUAAUAUCACAGUGCUGAAUCUUGCCUCCAAUAACGAUCCGGCUGGACCUCUGACAACUGCAGCACUUUCUGAAGAGUGGCACGGCAAAGUCCUUCAUGGAAGUUACCCAACAACCCUGAAACGAACAACAAUUAAUAAAGAAAAAUCAGUAUCUUACCUUAAAUCUGGUUACCUCUUUGCAGAAACGGAAGGCAGGUUGGCAGCAAUCCAAGAUCAGGUUGUCCCAACACGAGCUUACCUGAAGAAUAGGCAAAAAUAUACCGAGUGA